AUCCUAGAAUUAAUAUACUAGAAAAACAAUAUUUUAACAUGUUUUGAUGUAAGUUCAUUUGAAACUGGUUCUUACCAUACAAGCAAAGACCAAAACAAAAACCUGUGUCCUGAUGAAGGCCACAACACAGAUGUCAAAGAAGUACCCAUGUGUAAGCUCCCUCGCUCAAGCAUGUCGGGAAACUGCAGCGACCUUCGUAUACAAGAAGACGUUGUCCCUCUUAGUUUGGGUUGCCAUGACGUUUUGGUUGGUUUGUCCUUUUGGGCUGCUGUAGAAAAAUGACAGUGCAACAUGGCAGCUUCCAUUAACCAAGAACAUACAUAAAAGACUUGUGCAUUCAACUCUGAAGCAAUUUAAUAUUUAUAUUAUUAUAUUUCAAAAAAUGCAAUUCAUUUCGGAGGUGAAUUUCAAUGCACCUUCUAUUCACAAGGACCAUAACAAAAUUGUAUCACAAGAAGAAACUGUCGCAGUGAUAAUCUUGUUCAUUUUACUGAAUAAGAAUGAAAAGAAAAAUAAAUAACACUGAAGAAGAGAGGAGAGCUUGCUUGGUUCAGGAGCUUAAACAUUAUCACCUCAGGAAGUGGUCAACUUCAGCAUGGGUCUGAAAAUACAAAAGCAAUUCCGUCCCUGAUGUGAAAGCUUGUUAACUAAGUUACUCAGUGGACCUUUAACUGAAAAUAUGCACACUGCACUAACACUCAUUCACUAUGCUUCCAUCAACUCUCACCAAAUGACUGUGCACCUGUAAGUGUACUCUGAGCUGUGUCGAGUUCAGUCUCAAUACAGGACGACAUGUCUUCUUGCUUGGAGGCCACAGUGACACGCUAAGUGCCCGCGGUAACGAAUACAUUCACCCUUCCUGUUGUCGAGACCGGGAGGAGAAGUUUCUGGUCUGUGGGAUGUGUGGAGUGCUGUGUGCUCGAAAGAGGACAGGUCUUAUUAUGAUCCUCUUUUCAGCAUGCUGCAUCUGUGGUCUGAUUGGUGGGAUUCUGAAUUUCCAGUUUGUUCGGGCGAUGAACAAGCGACCAGACACGAUGCACUCAAUCCACCUGGCUGCCAUGACUCUCGCCUGUCUGGGGAUCUCAUCAUGUACCUUAUCCACGUGGCUGACCUGUCGCCUGGCCAGCUCUGAGCAGCAGAGGAUGUUUCUGGAGAGGGAACACUCACUGCAUCACUCCCACGAGAUGACUGAGAAGGAGAUCCUGGACAACUCCAGCAAUGGCAUUUCUCAGAUCUCUUACAACGGACACGCUGCAGCAUCACCAUGAUGCCAUACCACCAAAGACGAGAAGUGCACACUGAAACAGAAACCGUGGCAAUGAACUGGUUGCUGUCAAUAUUCAAAUGUAGCAUGUCCACUCGCCUAUAGUCCCGGGACGCACACUCUGUGUGCCUGAAGGGAACUUUCUAUAGCUUGACAGCAAGCGGGAGCUGUUUGUGCUUCUGACUACUUAUGCAAACAUGGUUUCAAACGUUCUCAUUUCAACUUACACCAAAGCCAGGAUGGAGGGCCACCACUUGGGUUACCAUUUACCAUCUGCUUGACAUCAUCUGACUUUUGAGGUAAACAAGCAGGAAGGAAAGAUUCAAUGCAAUGCAGUGUUGACAAUACACCAAGCAUGCAGCGGAUUGACUUACUUUAAAGAGACAGCGUCCUUAAUGUCCUUAUUGUCUGUCUUGUUAUCAGUUCAUGGAAUGCACAUGAUGAGUUAGCCUUAAGUAAAUUGUGUGUCUCUUCUGAUAAAGGAAUGCUUUGGCAUGAAAAUACAGUGAUGCCCAAUGUACUAAACUGUAUAUCCAUGCUUGUAUAUCAGGAAUCUAGUCCGAUAUCUAUAAAUGAGAUAUAUUUUUUAUAAAUGCUUCUUAAUUCAAAUAAAGUGUCACCAAUCUGA